AUGGCGACAGUGGCCAAAGAUCAGACACUGGAGAGGCUUCUCUCCGUGACCCGCUCGUCGUCCAAUGAGCAGGCGGAGGUCAUGGGCACACUGCUGGAGACGGUGUGGUGGGUCAAAGUGGAGUUUGAAAUGCAGGCUCAACGCCUAAGCCAGAUGGAGGAGACCUUGGAGAGACAGGCUGCCCGCAUCGCCACCCUGGAAGCACGGGAGCCCUUGGCCGCGUCCCCCAAGAAGACCGUGACUGAAGUGGCCGUGUCCUCAAGCAAGGCAGUCGAUCUCCUCGGCCUCGACCCCUUCGAGCGUGCAAGCGAGCCGCAAGCCACUGCUCGCAAGGACUGGGCCGAUGUCGAGGAUGACGACGACAACGAGGCUUACAUGCCCGCCGACGCCGAGAAGGUUGUGGAAGGCCCGCUGGAUGGGUCAAGGCAAGAGGACCCCUGGCUCGAGGCAGCAGCAAUGGCAAAGCGCGGCACGAGCUUUUUGGAUAAGCCCGCGGCGCCUGCAGCAGUUCUUGGCGCCAAGAAGGCAGCGGCACCCCAACCCAAGCCGUCACAGCCGUCACAGGCCCCGAGACCUGGCUUGCUGGAGUGCCCAGACUCCUCGGUUGCCUCGGUUGCCCCUGCGCCGGCAUCGAGGCCCAAAGCUCGCUCCAAACCGGAGGUCAGCGAAGAGCUCAUGGCCAAGCUCAUGCAGGCCGUCCACUCGAAAAAAUUGAUGGAGCCUGUCGAAGGUCCGCCCCAGCCUAGCAACGGCAGCAACGGUGCGACCACCGUGCCCAAGAAGGCCCCACCUGCGGCCCUCCAGGCUGCAAGCAAGGUCAUGCCGGCAACGAAGUCGCUGCCAGCUGCGAAGCCAAAGCCGAAGGGGGCACCUCCCAUUCUGAGAGAGAAACUCCUCGAGCAGAACGCAAGCUGA